AUGCCGGUAAUGAGGGGCCUCCUGGCUCCCCAAAACACCUUCCUGGAUACCAUAGCAACCCGCUUUGAUGGCACGCACAGUAAUUUUGUCCUGGGCAAUGCCCAAGUCAGGGGAGCUUUCCCAGUGGUGUACUGUUCUGACGGCUUCUGUGAACUGACCGGCUUCUCCCGUGCUGAGGUCAUGCAACGUUGCUGUGCCUGCAACUUCCUCUAUGGGCCUGACACUAGUGAGCUGGUGCGCACCCAGAUCCGCAAAGCCCUUGAUGAGCGCAAGGAGUUUAAAGCUGAGCUCAUCCUCUACAGGAAAAGUGGUGUCCCUUUCUGGUGUCUCUUGGAUGUGGUACCUAUCAAGAACGAAAAGGGGGAAGUGGCCCUUUUUCUAGUCUCCCACAAAGACAUCACAGAGACCAAAACCAGAGCGUCCGCAGAAAACUGGAAGGAAGGAGGUGGACGGCGACGUUAUAACCGAGCUGGAGCUAAAGGUUUCAAUGCCAAUCGUCGGCGAAGCCGGGCUGUGCUUUAUCACCUCUCAGGACAUCUCCAGAAGCAGGGCAAAGGAAAACGCAAACUCCACAAGGGUGUGUUUGGUGAGAAGCCUGCCUUGCCUGAGUAUAAAGUUGCUGCUGCUCGCAAGUCACCAUUCAUCCUGCUGCAUUACGGAACCUUCAAGGCUGGCUGGGACGGACUGAUUCUCCUGGCCACGUUGUACGUGGCUGUCACAGUGCCCUACAGUGUCUGCUUCAAUGGCACCAAGGAUGAAGGGCUUCCAGAGGCUUCUCGUGCGCCUCCCAGUGUCUGUGAUCUUUCUGUUGAAAUCCUUUUUAUCUUAGACAUCGUGUUGAAUUUUCGCACCACAUUUGUCAGCAAAUCAGGGCAGGUGGUCUUUGAUCCACAUGCUAUAUUCCUACACUACCUGACCCGUUGGUUUGUGCUGGACCUCUUAGCAGCAUUACCCUUCGACCUUCUCUAUGCCUUCAAGGUCAACGUGUACUUUGGGGCACACCUGCUGAAGACGGUGAGGCUCUUGCGGUUACUGCGGCUGCUGCCCAACCUGGAUCGGUAUUCCCAGUAUAGCGCCGUGGUGCUCACCCUACUCAUGACUGUCUUUGCCCUUCUGGCUCACUGGGUCGCCUGCGUCUGGUACUUCAUCGGCCAACGGGAAGUUGAGAGCAGCCCCUCCCAGUUGCCCGGGAUAGGUUGGCUGCAGGAGCUGGCUCGACGUCUGGAGACUCCCUAUUACCUGGCUCAGAGGAACAGCAGUGGUGAAGAGGAACCUGCCAACCAGACUACUUCCUCCCUGAAUGGCACAACUUGGGAACUCUUAGGGGGACCCUCCUUGCGCAGUGCCUAUAUUACCUCCCUAUACUUUGCCCUCAGCAGCCUGACCAGUGUGGGCUUUGGCAACGUAUCAGCAAACACCGACUCAGAGAAGAUUUUCUCCAUUUGCACCAUGCUGGUGGGGGCACUGAUGCACGCUGUUGUCUUCGGCAACGUAACAGCCAUCAUUCAACGCAUGUAUGCUCGGCGUUUCCUCUAUCACAGCCGUACACGUGAUCUGCGCGACUACAUCCGUAUCCAUCGGAUCCCUCCGCCGUUGAAGCAGCGCAUGCUGGAAUACUUCCAAGCCACCUGGAGUGCCAGCAAUGGGAUUGAUACGCGGGAGUUGCUGCAUAGCCUCCCGGAUGAGCUGCGUGCCGAUAUUGCCCUGCACCUUCACAAGGAACUGCUCCAGCUGCCCCUCUUUGAGGGAGCAAGCCGAGGCUGCCGGCGUUCCCUGUCGCUCAGUGUCCGGACGUCUUUCUGCACGCCGGGGGAAUACCUGAUCCGGCAGGGAGAUGCGCUCCAGGCUCUGUAUCUUAUCUGCUCGGGCUCCAUGGAGGUGCUGAAAGAUGGAACCGUGCUUGCCAUCCUAGGGAAGGGAGACUUGAUUGGUUGCCACAUCUCAUCCAAGGAACCGGGGGUCCAGGCCAAUGCAGACGUGCGGGGCCUCACCUAUUGCGACCUGCAGUGCCUGAGCUUGCCUGGCCUGCUGGCUAGCCUGGAGCACUACCCAGAAUUUGCCAGCAAAUUCCGCCGUGAACUUCCUUGUGAACUCAGCUACAACCUGGGUGGAGGCAGUGUGUUCCAGGCAGAGUCACCAUCUCCAAGCAGCAGGGAACCUGCUACUUUGCUGUCGGUGGUGAAGGACGGAGAGAUUUCAUUUCCUCCAUGCCGCAGAAUGCCCUGCCUGCCUACGCAGAUAGAGGAUGAGCCCGCCAGCCCCUUGCUCCCCAAGUCCUCGGGGGGCCACAGCCACUUGCCCUCACGGUCAGGAAUGCCACGCCACGUGGCCUCUGAAACAUCCCCACGUCCCACAGCAUUGCGGCUGCACAGCGUGCCCUGCAGCGGUCCCCCAGAUCUCAGCCCCAGAGUUGUAGAUGGAAUUGAGGAUGGGUCCAAUUCAGACAAACCUAUUUUCAAUUUCCGCCUUGGCCCGUCAGGACCAGAUUACAGCAGCCCUUCACCUGGUACAGAUAGCGGCCUGCUCACUAUCCCUCCUGAGUUAUCUGGUGCGGACACCAUUGAGAAACUGCGCCAAGCGGUGGCUGAGCUCUCCGGACAAGUUCAGCAAAUGCGGGAAGGCCUGUACUCUCUGCGCCAGGCUGUCCAGCUCUUCCUUCUCUCCCAGACAUCAGCCCAGCAGCGAGUUGAUCCUUCUGCCUGUGGGCCUUUCCCCCAUCCAGAUGCUCCGACGACGCCUCUGCUGAGCCCCCUGCGGGUUGACACAGGACUUUCACCAGCUUUCUGCUCCCAUAGUCCACCGCCAGCAACAUGCCCUAAUGGAGCCUGUGGCAAAGUUCAGUGGAUGUGGGCCCCUCCAGCUGGGCACAGCUCACCUUGGCCUGGCACGUUUUGGACCCUGGGACACCGAGCGAGGGAUUCUGAGGCAGGAGUGCUUUCACCCUCUGGUCAUGGCCCCAAGGACCAAGGGAACAACACUCCACUGCCAAACCUGAGCCAAAGAGAGAGUUCUCUGCCCCAAGCUUGCUCCGCCACAGAUCCAGUAUACCACAGAAGCUCUCCCGAAACCAAACCUUCUAGGACUCAAGACUGUGAUUCCUCCAGCCUUGAGAUGGUGCUGAUUGGUGCUGGGGAUGAUGGUUCUACCUCCAGUGGGCCCUGCUGGAUAGAGGAAGAAGGGACGGGGAUCUGAGUGUGCUGAGCACAACUGAUUACACGACAAUCCGGCCCUGGGAUUUUUCUGUCCUGGGAAUAUCAAGGAUUAGCCCUUGUUUUAUGGGACCGGAUGCUCUCCCACGUUAGGGGACAGAGAACACCACACAGAAAGGUUACAAUCAGCUCUUCCAAGGUUGAGAGAGUUGCAGUUGUCACGAUGGAGACGGAAGAAAAAAGACAGCAAACGCCACGAAGCACCCUGGAACACUAAGGCCCCUUUUGUCUCGGCAAAAGCAGAAAACUGCAAGCUGCUGUAAGAGUUUCUACUGGCAAGAGUUUCUACUGGGCCAUCUGAGUGGUUUUUUGGGGAAUACAUCCAUGCGUCACAGCUUGAAAUAUGCAAACGUACCCAUAUUUGUACAUGAUUCAAUUUUCGAUACUCUUCCUUCAGGCAGAUGGAUUGUUAGGCAUUGCUGCAGGGAUAGUGAGUGGACUUGGAGUGGAAACUCUCCCUGAGCAUGUAAUUUUUCGAAUGGGAAGGCAGGUCCAAGACUUUGCCCAGCCCUGUGUAAGAGUGAUGCUGGGCACCCUUUUUAUAAAAUAAAAAGUAUGUUUUGAACGCUGACUGUUUAAUUUAUGAACGGCUGUUGCUCAGAGGUUGUCCUUAUGAGGCUUGUGAGCGACCUUUCCCAUGCUAGAUCACGGUAUGUAGAACCACUACCAA